UUAUGGCCUUGGGGUAGUUAAUGUGUAAUAUUCUGAAAUAUAAGCCUGACCAAGAGGUGAUAUCUUGAGCCCGAGCCUCUUGGAGCGACUGGGAGAGCUGUGGCCGGGAGCUGUCACCAUGUCGGAGAAAUUUGAGAUCACAAACUUGGAUAUGAAACCGGGGAUGACCCUGAAGAUUAAAGGCAAGAUCCACAAGGAUGUUAACAGCUUCACCGUUAACCUGGGCCAGGCGCAAGACAAGCUGAACCUACAUUUUAACCCCCGCUUCAACGAAUCCACCAUUGUCUGCAACACUCGUGACGGCAGCAGCUGGGGACAAGAGCAACGAGAGAGUCACAUGUGCUUCAGUGCAGGGUCAGAGGUCAAGUUCACUGUGGCCUUCCACAAUCAUGAGUUCAAGGUGACGCUACCUGACGGGCACACGGUGACCUUCCCCAACAGGCUGGGCCACAACCACCUGCCCUACCUAGGCAUGGUUGGGCUCCACAUCUCCUCCUUCAAGCUUGAGUGAGCACACAGCUCCUCAGAACGAGACCUCAGCCCACAAACCCGUCCCAGCCCCCCUGCGAGUCCCAUCAGAACCACAGCCUUCCGGCCCUGCGCUUCCACGAUUCACUCGCAGCUUCUGCCCUUCUGACUAACUCCAAGGCCAAGAGCAAAUAAAAGAAUCCACAUUUA